AUGCACACGAAAAUACUAGGAAUUUUUAUUAAUAUUACUCUUAAUUUGUUAAGAGUUAAAAUAUGGAUAGAAGCCGAAUACGACUACAGAAACUUUGGUGGCGGGGUGAAAGAGAAACGCAAACGAGAAGAAACAACUCUUGGUGAGAACGAAAACCAUCAUCACCUGACAAAAAGAAGCGAUUCGGAAGAGACCACAAAACGGCAGAAGUUAGCAGGACCAGCAUCGCUUCCAGUUGAAGCCAAAGAUCAUGAAGACAAGAGUUGUACCCCAGUGGAUGACAGUAACAGCAGUAGUGACGAUGAAAUUGGGCCCCGGCUGCCACCUCGAGAUAAUUCCCAGCCUGCUAGUGGAAUAGAUGAUCAUACACAUCGUGACAAGAGCACAGACCAAAAUGAAUGCAAGCCCCCGAGCAGCGAAGUGUCUCAACGAGAUGAAUGGAUGAUACUUCCACCAGAUAAACAAUCCUGGAUGUCAAAUAUUGAUCCAACAGCCCUUCGUGGUCGCAAAUUCAACACGGCUAGAUCUGCUCAGACUUCUGCCAGAGGCGGGCGUGGUCCAAGUACAGCAUGGACAGAGAACCCUGCACAGAAGAAAAUCCGGCUUGAGAAUGAGGUUCUGGGAAUCCAAGAUCCAUCGAGAAGUGACCAGCAGGGACAUGCAAGUGGUCCAUCAAAAGUAGAUGAUGCUACAGCUGAGAGAAUAAGGUCGUUCAAUGAGAAAAGAAGGAAAUCAUCGCUUUAUGAAAAUCAUAAACACAAUUUGCAAGAAUUGAAUGAUGAUCCGAGCUCUCGGCCUUUUGACAAAGAAAAGGAUAUUCAAGGUCCUUCCAGCAUAACAUCUGCAAACCGUCGGGAAAUGUUGAGGCGAGCUGCAGACUACAGUUCUCGCUUUUCAGGGGGGAAAUUCCUAGUACUAUCUGUGCACAGCCAGGUGUCUCAGAUAAGGACCGCGCAGCUCGGUGGUCUGCACAGCUCGGUGGUGGAUUAUGUUAAGUAA